UGUGGAGAUGUGGAAAAGAAUUGUGGAAACCUUUUUGGGGAUGACUGAAGGAAAGGAAUUAGCAGAGGCCAGCCUGACAGCCAGAGACCCACACAUCCCUCUUCCUCCCUGUUUCCUCCAUCUCCCAGCCUUGAGGAAGCUCUAGUUGGCGACCUCAGCAGAGUGACUCUCGACCCACUGUCUUGUGGUUUCGGUCAUCAAGUUCCUGAUUUCAAUUGUUGUUAAAGACGAGCAAGAACUCUGUAUAGAACAGUCUCAAUUUGGAGCACAGCGUGAGACAUACUCUGAAAUGAGUGCUGCCUGACUCGCAGAUGAAGUGCUAGAGGCAGGCCGCACGUGCAGCGAUCGCAGAACGAUGAAUUCCAGCGCCACCGACGUGACCUGCUCCUGGAAGCCCCUCGUAACUCGCCAAAUCAUCCCCACGCUGUACUCCGUGGUCUUCCUCGCAGGCAUCCUGCUCAACGGCGUGUCGGGAUGGAUCUUCUUCCACGUGCCCAGCUCCAAGAGUUUCAUCAUUUAUCUCAAGAACAUUGUGGUCGCCGACUUUCUCAUGAGCCUGACUUUUCCUUUCAAGAUUCUCAGCGACUCGGGGCUGGGCCCCUGGCAGCUGACCGUGUUCAUGUGCCGGGGCUCGGCCGUGCUCUUUUACGUCAGCAUGUAUGUCAGCAUCGUUUUCUUCGGGCUCAUCAGCUUUGACAGAUACUACAAAAUCGUGAAGCCUCUUCAGACCUCAUGCGUGCAGUCAGUGAGUUACAGCAAACUCCUGUCGGUGACCGUGUGGGUCCUCAUGCUCCUCCUCGCCGUUCCCAACAUGAUCCUCACCAACCAGAGUGUGAAGCACAUCACACACAUAAAAUGCGUGGAACUUAAAAACGAGCUGGGGCUAAAGUGGCACAAAGCAUCCAACUACAUCUUUGUGAGUGUCUUCUGGAUUGCGUUUCUUCUGUUAAUCAUUUUCUAUACGGCCAUCACGAGAAAAAUCUUCAAGUCCCACCUCAAGUCCAGAAAGAACUCCAUUUCGGUCAAGAGGAAAUCUAGCCGCAAUAUAUUCAGCAUCAUGUUCGUAUUUUUUGUCUGUUUUGUACCCUAUCACAUCGCCAGAAUCCCCUAUACCAAGAGCCAAACGGAAGCUCAUUACAGCUGCCAGUCCAAAGAAACCUUGCACUACGUGAAGGAAUUCACUCUGGUCCUGUCGGCUGCAAAUGUGUGCCUGGACCCCAUUAUCUAUUUUUUCCUUUGCCAGCCAUUUAGAGAAAUCUUAUGUAAGAAACUACACAUCCCAUCAAAAGCUCAGCAUGACUCAGAAAACUCCAAAAUCAGAAGGGGAAAUACAAUGCAUGAAAGCACAGAUACUCUGUGAUUUCCCACCUCCUUUCAGAUAGUCUGUGUAUGCAUAUUGUAAUCUUCAGUUACAUAAUGAGAGAAAUGAAUGAGAAACAUAUCUAUGAUAAUAAGUAUCAUCACCGAGCAUUGCUAUCCAAUUUAGUACAACAAUAAAUUAAAAUGCAAGUUUCCAUGCUUUUUUGUAAUACCAAAGAAAAAAAUAAAGCGUACAUUUUUAAAUUGUAUCAAAAUAAUAGGUUUAAACUUAUAAUCACUAAUCUGGUAUGUUAAUGUAGAACUUUAAAUAGCAAAUACGAAAAUAGGAAGCAAUCAAGACAAUUGACAGCAAUGUCUUCCCUCUCUAAACAUAAGAAUUAAGCUAGGAAAUUAUGUAUAUUUUUUCAACAGGGUCAUUAAAGACAAACUAAAAAGCAGGAACAAUUUGAUGAAAGACUAGAGGCCUAUUUCUAGUAGAGUCAAGUUUUCUCUGAUUUGAAGGAGGAAAAGCAGACACCCAGAAAAACAACAUAAGAAAUCCCCUACUGAUUUAUCUCAUGGCAUUUCAAAGGAAAGCAGAUAUAAAAUAAAGUAUGUACUUUGCAACAAAAAAUGAAUUUUUUUUUCCGAUAGCAUUUUGAGGAUGAUAUAAAAUACAUUUUAAAUAUGUUCUCUACAAAAACUUGUUAAGCCACUUAAUGAGCUUGGAGUUCUGGUGUUAGAAUAUAUCUAAGUGGACUCUACUGAGGGAAGCUGGAUUUUGGCCUGUGUUUUCAGCAACUUCCCAUUCUCUGUUAUGGACAAAAAAAAAAUAAUAAGAUGAGUGGGGAAAAAACAGUCUCUCUCUCUCUCUCUCUCUCUCUCUCUCUCUCUCUCUCAGGCAAUAUGCAUUUAUUCUCUAGGGGCAGGAGGAAGCAGUUUUCUUAGAAAACUGGACUUGAUAAAAAGAACAUCUGAAAUUUAUAAUAAUGAGUGAGAAAUUAUACAUAAAAUGAAAUUGGACUUCACGAAAACCUAUAAUUUGUAAUAAUGAGUGAAAAAUUAUACAGAAAAUGAAAAUUUACACAUCACAUUUUCUGAAAAACAAAUGAAUUAAUAUGUGCAGAUGUGGGAUAUGGUUGCUGGCUUGUGAGUUAUCAAAACUAAAUUCUUUCUCUGCUAUUAACUGGCUAGAAGACAUUCAGCCCGUGUUUCAAAUGUUCUUUACAAACAAUUUUGUAAGUCAUUGUAUAUAUAUAUCUAUAUAU